UCAAGAUAGCGAGCAAGUUGGCUAUGCCACUCGUUCAACGGUAGAUUAGACCGUUAUCGCCUACACAAUUAUCUGGGAACGCUAUAUUUCAUCAAAUACACUCUCAGGAAAUGUUAUUUAAUCCGACCGGGUUGGCCGAAUGUUUACAAGAAUGGCAGGAUCUGGAAAAAGACUAUCAACAGGUCCAGGAGACACAUCGACUCUACAAACAGAAGCUGGAGGAAGUUUCGAAGUUGCAGGACAGCUGUUCCUCUUCUAUUGCACGUCAGAGGAAAAAGUUAAAGGAUCUCUCCGAAUCCCUGGAAGAAUGCAAAUCGAUAGCGAAUCCAGAUGAUGUCAAUAAAAUAGAUUGCAUCCAAGAAUCCAUAAGCGAAAGACCAAAUGUCUUUUUUGAGAUGGAGGCCUUUCUGCCAAAGAAGAACGGGAUAUACCUUAGUCUUGUUCUUGGAAAUGUGAAUGUUACACUCCUUAACAAACAGUCCAAGUUUGCCUAUAAAGAUGAGUAUGAGAAGUUCAAACUGUACUUGACCGUACUGCUCUUAUUGUUCUCAUUCACCUGUCGGUUAUUGGUCAGCUACAGGGUUGUAGAUGCACUUUUCAACUUCCUGUUGGUGUGGUAUUAUUGCACAUUGACGAUAAGAGAGAGCAUCCUCAUAAAUAACGGCUCUAAGAUCAAGGGCUGGUGGGUGUUUCAACACUAUGUCUCAACUUUUCUCUCUGGAGUAAUGUUGACCUGGCCUGACGGUGAACUCUACCAGAUGUUUAGAAAUCAAUUCUUGUCCUACUCCAUGUAUAUAAAUUUUGUUCAGUUUCUGCAGUAUUACUACCAAAGUGGCUGCCUUUAUAGACUUAGAGCACUUGGAGAAAGACACAACAUGGAUCUCACAGUUGAGGGGUUUCAGUCCUGGAUGUGGAGGGGUCUGACCUUUCUCCUGCCUUUCCUUUUCUUGGGGCAUUUUUUCCAGCUGUAUAAUGGAAUUACACUCUUCCAAAUGGCCCAGCUUCCAGAAUGGAAAGAGUGGCAGGUUCUCAUGUGUGGUUCAACUUUCCUUGUUUUGUUCAUGGGAAACUUCUUCACCACUCUUGGUGCUGUUUAUCACAAAUACAUGGAUCAGGACAAGACCAAAGAUUUAUGAACUCUGCAAAUAGCUCUAAACUCUUUAUCAAAGCAAGUUAUGUUUUAUAUGAAUGCUUUUUUUAUUUAAUUUGUUUAUUUCAGCAAAUUUGAAAUGUAUGUGUUAAAAUGUUGUAAAAUGUGAUACACUAAAUGUAUCACAAAGCAAAAGGGAUAAAAUGUUUUUGCCAUAAACUUUAGUUAAUGCAGGGCUUGACGUUUAGGAUUGUUAUGUGCUUGUACUUUGGACAAGUAAAUUGGUCAUUCACUUGUCCUGGUAAAAUACCUUUCAACUGUGUAAAUAUAAUUUAUUUCAGAAGCAAUAUUCUCUUCAAUAUUCUUAUUCAGUCACUUGUUUUUCAGCAAGACGUGAUACAAUCAUGUACCAACGUACAUUAACAUUGUUUUUCUUUGAAAAUCAAAUACUUAAACAGGACAUUAAAAGGAUAGUUCACCCAGAAAUUAAAAUUCUGUCACAUUUACUUAACCUCAUGUUGUUCCAAGCCCACAGAAGAGAGAAAUUGAAAUGAAAUACAAAGCUCUAGUCACCACUUUCAUUAAUCUUUUUAUCCAUACAAUAAAUGUGAAUGGUGACUGAGACUAAAAUUCUGCCUAACAUUUCCUUUUGUGGUCCAAGGAUGAAAAAUAAAUGUAAUACGUGUUUGCGAUACAUUUGGUGAGUAAGUUAUGACAGUAUUUACAUUUUUGGGUCAACUAUCCUUUUAAGAGUUCAAGGCAAUGCUCACCAGAUUGAAGUUGAUAAAAUGCACCAAAAUUAACAGAUGAAAUCCUAAAAGAGGGUACCUUGCUGCUAAAUCGGUUAUGAUGUUUAUGAAUAUAUAUACACACACACACACCGAUCAGCCACAACAUUAAAACCACCUGCCUGAUAUUGUGUAGGUCCCUCUUGUGCAGCCAAAGCAGCACCAACCCGCAUCUCAGAAAAGCUAUUCUUCUUGCCACAAUUGCACAGAGGGGUUAUCUUAGCUUUUGAUAAAAUCUAGACAGGGCCCAUUUCCAGCAGCCAUCACUCCAACAACUUAUCCUUGAAUAAUUGCUAAAUUGAUAAUUUGCUACUAGAAAAUCAAUUGCCAUUAUAUCAAACACUGCUGAAAGCUAUUUGGUUCAUUAAAUGAAGC